GGAGAUUAACGAAGCUUUUGACAUUCCGUGCUAAACUUUGCAAACACACUUUUCACUUUUCCGUUGGAUCAACUUACCUAGAAAGGCGGGUUCCAACAAUAUAGUAGUUGGUAUAGAGUUGAGAUAUAGAAUAAACAUGACUGCAGAUGAUUGUGGUAUAUGGUAAACAAUUUUGUUGGCAAAGAUGAAAUAUUUUUUUAGAGUUGAAAUUUAGAGUAGUAUGUAUGUGGAUAUCCUAUAUGAGCAGGUUUCUGUAGCGAAUGGAAGAGAUUUGUCCAGCAGCAUUUUCGUUGCCUACCUGGCAUGUGGGUAAUCUGGACCAUCCAUCCCCUAUCGUCUGCCGCACCACCCAAAUCGCAAACCUGUUCAAAGCGCCGGAUAGCAGUCUAGCACGCCACUCCACAGUCCACAGUCGAUCUCCGACGUCACUUUCACGCCUCACGCGGCGGCCGCGUCAUCAAAUCUCAUCGCUCGGCCGCUCUCACAGUCACAGCUGAAUCCUCUCGCAGAGCCACCACGGGAGCUGAAGUCGUCCCCUCCCGCAGUCACCCCCAAGCGAGACCACUCCCACCUCCUCCACUGGCGUCUAGCCGGUGGCUGCUGCUGGUGCGCUACGUCACUGGCUCGGGGGGCUCGGCGCACCUUGUGAUGAAGGGAAGGCGGCAGUCAGUGGUCCGGCGCAUGUACAAGGCGCUCCUGUUCCUCGUCGCCGACCUUGUCCUCGAAUCCGCAGGACUCCUUGGUUGAAACUCAUGCCAUUUGUGAAUCAGAAUGGCUGCUCUGAGGAUUCAAACCUCAGCUGGUCCUCCCGAACUCAGAAGGCGCAAUCUUGCUAGCAACCCAGUCCAUGUGGGGCUGGAUUUGGUCGGGUUUAGUUCCUGGAUGUUGCCGGUGGGUGACCACUGGUGUGCAGGCAGCGCAGCCGUCACAAGCCAUGGUGUUGGAUAUGUUGGUGCUGGGAGGAAGAACUGUCACAGGGCAUGCUUGAAGAAUGGUGUGGUCUGCUCUUUCGACGAUAGUGGUGUCAGGGUGUCUAUGCUGUGUUCAUCUCUUCCAUCUGAAGAUGUAAGUUUCAGCAGCAAAAUGUCAUUAGUUAAUUCAACAGGCUUUGCACAGAAGAAGAAAGGGAGUAAGGUAUGGCGAAGAUCCCAGGGUGGUAAGAAAUUGGUAAGGCAUAGAGCUCCGAAGCAUGGCCUGGGAAAGGACAGACAUGGUCACAGAUCUUCAGUUAAGGAUGAUGAUACCGAUGCAGUUUUGUCUGGUAUAAGCAAGGAGUCCAGCAUUGAAGAGUGCAAUUCUGCUCUGAUCCGUCUUGAGAAGCUCAGCGAUGAGAAGGCUCUUAAGUUCUUUGAGUGGAUGAAGGUUAGUGGCAAGCUAAAGGGAAACACUCAUGCAUAUCACCUAGCUCUUAAAGCCAUUGCCUGGAAGGAGGACUGGAAGAUGGCUGAACUUUUGCUUCAUGAAAUGGUUGCUGAUUCGGACUGCGCAUUGGAUGCUCGAGCAUUUAACGGACUGAUAUAUGUUUGUGCUAAAAGGAGGCUUGAUGCUUGGGCAACAAAGUGGUUUCACAUGAUGCUUGAGAGAGAAGUGCAGCCAAACUUGUCUACCGUUGGUAUGCUUAUGGGCCUUUACCAGAAGACUGGGAAACUAUCUGAAGCUGAAUUCACUUUUGAGAAAAUGAGGAACUGCAAUAUCAAGUGUGUUAAUGCUUACUCAGCCAUGAUUACUUUGUAUACACGUUUAGGCCUUUUUGCCAAGUCUGAGGAUACUAUUAAUCUAAUGAACAAUGAUGGGUUAGUUCCAAACAUGGAAAAUUGGUUGGUGAGGUUGAAUGUCUACUGCCAACAGGGUAAAAUGGAGGAGGCCGAAUUGGUUUUGCAGUCCAUUGUUGACGAAGGAUUCACCCUGAAUGUUAUAGCAUACAAUACUUUAAUUACAGGCUAUGGAAAAAGUUCUGAUAUGCAGAAGGCAAACAAAGUGUUUGAUAGCUUUGGUAGUGCAGGUUUAGCUCCUGAUGAAACAACCUAUAGAUCAAUGGUAGAAGGUUUUGGUAGAGCAAACAUAUAUGAAGAGACAAUUUUGUACUACAGGAAGCUCAAGGGUGCUGGCUUCCGACCAAAUGCAUCCAACUUUUACACUAUGAUCAACCUACUAGCAAGACAUGAUGACAAUGAAACUGCAGCUGAAAUUCUACAGGACAUGAGGGCAGCAGGCUGUCAGUGUUCAUCAAUUGUUACUUUUCUUGUUCGGGCUUAUGGAGCAGUAGGAAGAAUGCAUAAGGUUCUUCCAAUUCUACAAUCUUGUUUCGACAAGAUUUUGCUUGAUGCCACCUCAUGCUCUAUUUUAGUAACAUCGUUGGUUCAAAAUUCUUUACUGGAAGAAGCUUUGUAUAUUCUGCGUGAAAAGAAGUGGAAAGAUUCUGCUUUUGAAGACAACUUAUACCAUAUAUUGAUAUGUUCUUGCAAAGAGGGUGGCAAUUACAAUGAUGCUGUUAGGAUAUACAAUCAGAUGCCUAAGUCUGAAACACAUCCGAAUCCCCGUAUCUCUUGCACUAUGAUUGAUGUUUUCAGCACGAUGGAAAGGUUUGCCGAUGCUGAAACUAUUUUGCUUGAACUGAAGGCUUCAGCUUCUGUACUUGAUAUGAUUGCUUACAGUGUCAUUGUGAGGAUGUACAUUAAAGCACGACGACUAAAGGAUGCUUGUUCAGUUUUGGCAGAAAUGGAGAAACAAAAAGAAAUAAUUCCUGAUAAAUACCUUUUUCUCGACAUGCUUCGGACUUACCAAAAAUGUGGUCUGCUGGAGAAGUUGGCUGAUACAUAUUACUGGAUACGUAAGAGUCAAGUUAAAUGUGAUGAAGCCAUGUAUAACUGCAUUAUUAAUUGCUGUGGGCGGGCUAUACCUGUUGACGAGCUGUCCAGAAUUUUUGACGAAAUGCUUCAACAGGGACACUUAGCAAACACUGUUACCUUCAAUGUGUUGCUAGAUAUAUAUGGAAAAGCCGGGCUUUUUAACAGGGCUGAAAAGGUCUUUAUCAUGGCUCGCAAGCAGGGCCUGGCGGAUAUCAUAUCAUACAAUACGAUUAUUGCUGCAUAUGCAAAAGGCGGCAAUUUUCUGAGUAUGAAUUAUUUUGUCCAAAUGAUGCAGGACGCAGGGUUUCCUGUUUCUCUUGAGGCAUACAACUGCAUGCUGGAUGCUUACGGAAAGGCAGGGCGAUUGGAAGAGUUCGCUUCUGUUUUGCAGAAGAUGAAGAGAGCGAAAUGCAAGUUUGAUCACUACACUUACAAUAUAAUGAUCAAUAUCUAUGGUAGAAGAGGUUGGAUACAAGAUGUUUCGAAUGUUCUUGCGGAGCUAAAGGACCGAGGUGUGGAGCCAGAUCUGUACAGCUACAAUACCUUGAUAAAAGCAUAUGGGAUAGCGAGAAUGCCUGAAGAUGCCGUCAAACUGAUGCAAGAGAUGAGGGUUAAAGGCAUCAGCCCUGAUCGAGUGACAUAUGCUAACCUCAUUGCUGCCCUGCAAAGGAACGAAAAUUUCCUAGAAGCUGUUAAAUGGUCUCUCUGGAUGAAGCAAACAGGAGUUGCAGGGUGUGGAGCACGAACCUGAACUCCUGAAACGUUGGGUUUUGUUUCGAGAUUAUCCAGAUCGGACUGUUGUCUUCAUGUUGCAAUUAAAUACAUACUUUUUUUACUGUAUAGAUGAGUGUAUCUGAUUGUUCUGCAAGUGAUACAGACAUUCAGAAACUUGUACGUUCUUAUACAAAGACGAAUUCAAUCAUGCGGAUAGGAAGUUUUUGUCAUACCUAUCAUACUGUUGUAAAUUUACAAUAACAGUGCACAAUCGAAGUCAAACAAGGCAUACAGCAAUUUGGAAUUCA